AUGAGAUCGCUGGUGGGACUGCGGCUGGUGCCGCUUUUGCUGCCCUUGCUGACGUGCCUCGUCGCCCUCGGCAACUGCACGCUCCUGGAGAUGUCGCAGAUGCUGUGGAUGCGCGUGCUCGGCGGUGGUUACCGUAGGGUGGGCAGGAUCGAUCCACUGCGCGUGCCCGUGGUGAAGGUCGACCAAUCGGACGGGAACACGAGCUACCGCGUGAUACUGCGUAACCUGGAGAUCGGCGGCCUCAAUGCCUCCAAAGUCGAGAGCGUGCGCAUCGUCCGGGGCAGACUGAGGUCGAACCUGAGCGACGGAGAGGCCGGAUACGUGAGCUAUAACGAGCAGCGCGAUCUCGACUCCAUUAGGUACAGAUUUCACACGCUUGUUAAGGAGCCCAAGCCGAGCUUCGGGUACGAGGAGGCGCACGAGCGCUCGGAGAAGAUCGUCGAGUACGAUCCCAUGUACGUGAGGGUGAACGAAUACGAGGGGGUGGUGGAGCCUUUUCGAUCGACCAUCAAGGGGGCGGCAAGAAAUCCAGCCACCCUCCAUCUCGUCUACUCCAACAAUUACAAAGCCACGGGCUCCUCCAGAUCUCCUGCCAAUUUGGAAAAUUAUCGGCCGUGCAUAGGCGCUUGCCAAUCCUAUCCGUCACAGGGAACGCAAUUCUCGGCCAACGACGAUACGAAAGCGCAAGCGAAUAUUUAUCCAGAUCAGCGUUAUAAUGCUGACCGCGUUGGUGCGGAAUCGACAACCGCCGAUUACGCAACGAAGACGCAAUUCGGAGGACCCGGUUUUUCAGCCGAAGCAUCGGGCAACGCGCAGCGGCCCAAUCACUUCUCCUUCAGAAGAGGCAAUUUUGAGGUAAACUACGUUUCGCCGAGCACGAGAGCUCCCGUCGACGAUCAAUAUGGCGCCUCGGUCACCCAAGUGCACCACAUCGACGUGGAAGAAUCCACGGAGCGGAUCGAUCAGCGCCCUGUCUACGUCCGUGAGAACGCGAGUCGAGCAGCAGCUGCCACCAAUCAAUACAGAUCCGAUCGCGUAAACGUGAAAUAUGAGACGGCAACGAGAGACGGCAACUCGGAAUGGACGACCGCGUCACCGACGGUCAAGACACCGGAGCCCUACAAGGCUCCCUUGAUACGACUGGAAAAACAACCCGGUUACGUCGACAUUGUUUAUGCAGGCGGAGCAAAGCCGGAGAAGCAGCCCCAGGCCGAAAAAUUACAACGAGCUCCCGAGGAUGAUCCGCGAGCUUACGGCCUCGCCGAAAUCCUAAAGGACUUGCGCGGGCAUCAGCGCUACAUAAUUCAUAACUUUACGGAAGGCGAGUCUUUGAGGAAGCGGAACGACGCGGUGCGAGUAGCCGCCGAGUCCAAGAGAAUCAAGGACUUGAUCAGGUACGCCAAGGAAUACGAAGAGAAGGCGGGCUACUUCGAGGAGGGCGUGGAGCUCGUUUAUCACUUUGGUGAUUCGCAGAACGUCAGCUCAUCCAACGACAGGCUGUCGCGAACGAAGCGCCAGCACCUCGAGGACAAGGACGAGGACGACUUGAUGCACGUGGUGGUGAGGGUCCGCGUGCCGAGGCUGAGCGUCAAAUCGAGUUACGUGCUCACUGGAAAAGUCGGGAAGCAGCUGCUGCGGGGCAACGGACUCCUCGCCGGCAACUUCACUGACUUGAUAGCCGAUUUCACGGUUGAACUGAAGAAAGUAAACAACAAUACAAUGAUUGUGAGAGCAGCUAGAGCGAAGCUUACGGCCAAGGAUCAUAAGAUCAAACUCCAGGGUAUGGAUGAGAAAGGACCGGUUGAUACGAUCUUAGCUCAUGGUCUGAUGGCCGCCGAGGCAGUCGCGGCGAUGAUUGCCGACGACCUGGCGACCAAAGCUCUUAACGAAGGAAAUGCCGAGAACGUGAUCUACAAAAUGUACAAAAAUCUGCCAGCGGUCCAGAGAAUUUGAUCGGCAACUCGGAUUCUGCGCACCUGCCACUCCUCCAAUUCGCCUUUCCAUUUAUCAAUCCUGUAAUUUGUAAUUUAUUAUGAGCGGCUGCUCAGGCUACCACUACUCAUACGUUCUUAAGUAUGUAU